CGCGAUUUCGUGUAUUUUAUGACCAAAGGUCGCAAUCACCUUGGAGCUGGAGAGACCACGCAUGGCGGAGACGGUGACGCGCGAGGCCGCGCGCCGGCAGACGCUGCGGCGCCGGUCGUCGUCCAAGCUCGUCCCGCGACGGCUCUCGUUCCCGGCGCCGACGCCGAGCCAGAAGAAGGCGCGACGGCGCGAAAGCAAAGUGUUUGAGUUUGAGGCGAACGCCAAGGUCGAGGACAAGGUCGCGUUGACGCCCAUGGAGCCGCUCGCCGUCCCCAUGAGCCCCAACGUCUUCGGGCCCAUGAGUCCGCCACGCGUGGACGCUUUUCGGCUGGAUGUCGUGGACGAGCAUGCGUCGCAGUCGACCAUGUUGCCCUCGAUCUCCGAGGUGCCACAGGAUGAAGACAUGAGCUUUUCACAGGCGAGUCCGCGCCCGCGGCGACGCACCGUCAAGACGCCCAAGGACCGCAAGGUCUCCCUUCCGCCAAGCGACGACGACGACGAUACUGCGCAGCUGCUGGCCGAGAACCCACCGCCCGUGUGGUCGGGCGCCGAGUCGUCGUCCGACGAGCACGACGCCUACGAUGACGACGCACCUUUGUCACAGAGCUUCAAGAACGAAGACGACAUGCGGCGCCUUAGCCAACGGCUCCGCAACCAGCUCGCCAGCGACGACGAAGACCACGGCGACGACGAGACGUUGCCGCAGCUCUCCCAGAGCGAGAUUCGCUCCAUGAAGAUUCGGCUGACGCGCGAAGCCAACCGACAUUUUGGGUACCGCGAGUACUCGGGGCGCAUGGAGCUUCCGUCCCAGUACGCGGUGUACGCGUCGGCAUCACCCACUGCGCCAGCGCCGCCGCCACGCAGCUCGUACGUCCGCAUCGGCGACACGACCAACCGCUCACCGCCCUUUACGCCCGACGAACUCAAGUAUCUCAUCGACAUGGCGCUCGAGUAUGGGCCGCAGUGGGCCUAUAUCCUCCAAGAAGGCCGCGCAUGCGGACGUCUGCUGCCCUGUCGCACGACAAACAAGCUACGGCACAAGUUUAGCCGGCUUGCGCGCAAGGGGGUUCGCAUGUCGGCGGCCGCCAAGCGCCGCGCGAAAGAGACACCCGAGAUUCCCCGCAAGCACAAACCGUACACGCCCGCCGAGCUCGAGUAUCUGCACAUGGCGUACCAAGAACUCGGCCACAGCUUUGCUGCGAUCUUGGACAUUGGACAAGCCAUGGGGCUUUUGAAGGGCCGGACGCGCCCUGACAUUACGGUCAAGAUCCACAGUACGAUCAAGAAAUUUGCGCGCUGGGACACGGCGCUCUUGGGCAAACACGCGCCCCGAUCAUUGCGCGUGGACGUGCCAGUCCGGUUUGGCACGCUCCCGCCGAUGCUGUGCAACAUGCGGCUGAAAAUGAAGGUGUACAAGCUCAAGCGGUUCAUCCACGCCGAGUACAACCUCGAGAUGCCACUCUCGUACUUGUAUGUGACGCUCGACGGCGACGACGACGCGCUGGUGCUGGACGACACCAUGACGAUCGACGAGUGCGUUGGUCCCAACGACAUUGAGCACGUCUGCUUCCGCGUCGCGAUGACCCCGGGCGCCGUAUGAGCCCUUGUAGCAAUAAAUGAAAGUAUAGAUAGUGUUUGGAUUCUA